CGGGGGCGGAGCUUCUGGUUAAGAGCACAGCGCGCCACUCACUCAUUCUUUUGUGGUGUGUUGGAGACUUCGGUCGUCAGCAGGAGGAAGUUUUUUUUACUUCUUAGUUUUUAAUCUAUAACCGAUAAUCAUCAUGAUCAUUGUUAUUGAGGAUCAGGCAGCUUUUGAUAAAGCUCUGGCUGAUGCAGGCGAUAAGCUCGUCGUGGUGGACUUCACAGCCACGUGGUGUGGGCCUUGCCAGAGUAUCGCUCCUUUUUACAAAGGACUUUCUGAAAACCCAAAUUAUGGCAACGUGGUCUUCCUCAAGGUAGAUGUAGACGACGCACAGGAUGUGGCUCAGUCUUGUGAGAUCAGAUGCAUGCCAACGUUCUACUUUUACAAGAAUGGAAAGAAGAUUGAAGAGUUCUCUGGGUCCAACCAGACGAAACUGGAGGAGCUGGUCAACACACACAAAUGAACGAUGACAAAUGUCUGACACAUGAAGAAAAAAAAAUAUAUAUAUAUAUGCUCGAGCCAGAUACACCUACUGUUACAUCCAUAGAUUUUUCUAACAAGCACCGACUUUGUUGCUUAACUAACAUUUCAUGCCCUGAGAGAACCUUUAUAAAUAGUAUAUUCAAGUAUGCCUUACUCAAUUCACUGUCUUGCCAUAACCAUUUCAUUUGUUUUUAAAUUGUUUAACUCCAUGUAUUGUGUCCAGAAAUCUAACUGCUAAUUAAAAUCAGGUUUAAUAAAAACAUAUACACAGAA